CCUCGCCCUCAACCCUUGCUGCAGCUGCUGCGACUGCUGGCUCGGCUGGUUCGGCUGCGUAAACACCUGGCAGCAAAAGGUUUGGAGGCUUGUUGCGCUGCCCAUUGCAUACACAGACAAUGUGUCCAAUUGAGGGUACAUUCACAUUGCACUAUUCCUACCCAUUCAUGGCCAGCACCCAAUUAUUCCUCAGCGAUCAUGAUAAUACGAGUUUCUACUGCGUCAUUGCUUGUGAAACGUAACUCGCUUGUGUUCUAGCGGAACCAUAAGCGGUCACACAAUAUUGCUAUCUUUAAAAGUUGGGUCAACCUGGGUUCUUCAUGCAGCGCCAUCACACCAAUCUGUUUAGCUUAUAUUGUACGCUCGUGUAAACAUAAUAACAUGCUUCCAGCACUUGCUGGCGGCUCUGCUCCUGCCGACAAUGUAGGCUUGGCAAACGGAAAAGGAAGUCGUAACUACAUGCCCAAGCCAUCCAGCCCGGACAAUGCCAGAAUGGAUACGGCCAGCACAGGGAAAAACGCCAGCGUGAAGAAAAAGAAGAAGCCGAAAAAGGCAAAGAAGCGCAAAGGUGAUCGCUCACCAGCAGAUGUGUGGCUGCUGACACCGCUGAAGCACAACUGGACGGACAGACACUGGCACGACUUUGCCCAGAACGAGCGGGCCACGCCUUUUAAGGAACUACUUGUUUUGGAUCUCAAUGGCACGCUGCUGAAGCGCGCCCCUGUCAGCAAGACGCGCGCCGACGGACAGCGCGGCCGCCGAGGGUACCUGCGGCCGUACCUGCACGAGUUUCUGCGGUUUGCGCUGGACAACUUUGCUGUGAUGGUAUGGAGCUCAGCGCAGGCGCCAAGUGUUCAUGAUAUGCUGGCAGUGGCCUUUGCCGGCAUGGACAAGGAGCUGGUGCGUGUGUGGGACAGGAGGUUCUGCGAGAUCGAUGGCGGGUACUUUAAAAAGUCCCUGGCCAUGAAGGAUUUGCGAAAGAUUACGGACGGAUACACGCUGCAGGACUCGCCAUUCCGCCGCAUAAUAAACAAGUUCGACAACGUCGGAUACACCGGCAUUGAUGCUGCGUCCAAGGGCAAGUGGUCGCUGGACAACAUUGUGCUUAUCGACGAUUCUGAGGAGAAGGUGUUGCAGCCCGAUUGCCACCUGUUUAUCAGCACGUACGAGGACCACAAUAAGCCCGACAGCGAGCUGAAAAAGGUCACAGAAUACCUGAAGGCGUAUGCAGAGAACCGCACCAAGUACGGGUGCCUGGUGGCAUAUAUGCAGCAGUGCCAGUGGUCCGAGUUCAAGGCCAAUUCCAAUGUGAGUUCUCACAAUUCCCUCAGAUCCGAUGUGGUUGAGGACCCCGACAAGAUCUGAAUGUACCGCAGCCUAUGCCAAUCUAACAGACUUCUUUUUACUGCUAUUGUUUAGUAUGCGAGUGCCCAAGUAACCGUUACUGUUGACAGGCGGUUUCCGAAUACCCACAUACGAUUUACGUAACACUUGCCAUUGUGCCAACCAAUAUACUGGAAUAGGAUUAGCCAACGC